UUUCUCAUGUUCUGAAAUCGUGAUUCAGCAUCUCUCGGAUCUACAAGCGAUUGAAAAAUGAAUAUUAUGGCACAUCGCCUGAAAGGUGCUUUAUUGGUACUGACCUCGCUAGCGAUAUUAAUUUCCGACCAAGCUGAUGGCCGAACAUCGGACAAGCUGAAAGUUACUCUGCCACACGGUGGAUCACUCGUUGGGAGAUACCUCAACUCCUUCAGCGGUCACGGGAUCUUGGCGUUCCUAGGAGUUCCCUACGCGAAACCACCGGUCGGAGAGCUUCGUUUCAAGGCACCAGUUCCUUUUGGAGGCUGGUCCGGGAUUCGGAGCGCCACAAUCGAUGCACCACUUUGUACCCAACGUGACCCAUACCGUCGAGAUGAGGAGAUCUCCGGUGUGGAAGAUUGUCUGCAAAUCAACAUUUACGUACCCGAACGACGUCGAGAACUGGGACCGUCUGGAUCACAGGAUCAAACGCCGUUUCCGGUGAUGGUGUUCUUCCACGGAGGCGGCUGGCAGUGUGGAUCAGGCACACGAUUGUUCUAUGGUCCUGAUUUUCUGCUUGAGCACGAUGUCAUUUACAUCGGGGCAAACUUCCGGCUUGGCCCAUUGGGAUUCCUGAGCACUGAGCAGGAGGACUGUCCAGGUAAUAAUGGACUGAAGGAUCAAAGCUUGGUUUUGCGAUGGAUACGAGACAACAUAGGCGCUUUCGGUGGGAACCCGAAUUUGGUGACCGUGUUCGGCGAGAGUGCCGGUGGAGCCAGCGGAACGUACCACAUGAUGUCGCCGCUUUCGAAGGGUCUGUUCCAGAGAGUAAUCUCGCAGUCCGGCGUUAAUUUGGAUGCUUGGGCUCAGCCAGCCCAUCGCGGUGUGGCUCGGGCACGCUCCAUUCAACUGGGCCAGAUGCUAAACUGUUCGCAAGGAACUGAUGGCCGUUUCGCUGAAAUGAUGCAUUGCUUGCGUGGUGUUUCGGCGGAAGACGUUACCAAAGCGUUUUACGACUUUUACGUGUGGGACACGGAUCCGAUGAUUCCUUUUCCACCGGUGGUGGAGCCUAACCUGCCAGGGGCCUUCAUUACAAAACAUCCACGCGAUGAAACCGAACCGCAUGCAAUUGGGUUACCCUGGAUGACUGGUCUUACGCUGGACGAAGGUGCUCUGAAGAGUGCAUCGCUGAUUAACGUACCAAGCCUUCGUCAAAGCUUAAACGAACACUGGGAGCAAGCGUUGCCGAUUUCCUUGUACUAUGAUCACCAUGAAUCAACACACCAACGAAAGAUUACGGACGCAAUUAAUGAAUUUUACUUCAGGAAAAGAAAGCUCGUCAAGGAAACGGAGAAGAAUCUCACAAAUCUCUAUUCAGACGCAUGGUUCCUCGCCGGCAUGGACGAAUACAUACGAAUACGUUUGCUUACCGAUAGAACUGAUGUAACGUCUCCUCCGAGGACAAAUAUCGGUCCCACAUAUGUGUACCUUUUUGCACAGAAGGCAUCAGCAAGCUUUACAGAAAUAUUCGAAGGCGGAAAGGAGAACUACUAUGGAGUGUGCCAUGCGGAAGAACUGCAGUACAUUUUUCCGAUCGCAAAAGACUUGUUCGUGACCGCGGUUCCAACGGAGGCAGAACUGAAGAUCCGACGAAUCAUUACUCGCUUGUGGGUGAACUUUGCUCGUACAGGCAAUCCAACGCCAGCAGGGGAAAAGCAUGAUAUUUUACCUCAGUGGCCGGCGACCAAUGGUUUUCCGCUCCAGUAUCUUCGCAUUGGUAGCCUUGAUCCAUCCAAAGAGCCUCUAGUAGCAAUGGAGGUGGGACUGUUUGAAGAACGGUCUGCAUUCUGGCGCAAGUUAGGCGCACACACCCCUUCGGUGGCUCUCGACCAGCAAGAUAAGGACGAGCUCUGAUCAUCGAACCAACUUUACUGAGAAGAUCAAACUACAGACGAGUGCUGUCCUAACAUGUUAAAGAAGCUUUCUAGCAGAGGAAACGUAGUUCAAAUGAAAUACACAUUUACAGAAGUUUUUGGGAUCAGUUUGAAA